CAUUUCAUUUUUUUCUUUGUUUAGUUUAAUUCAGUGUUGUGUGAUUAUUUUACACAGAUGUUAGAGCCUUUGAUUCUUUAGAUUUUUUCCCUGAAGUCGGUUUUCUGCUGUUUUGAGAGUAACUGGCCAUCGGCAGACAUUCAUGUUUUAUUUGUGCUCGGACCAGCGGCAGAUGACAGUGAGAUUACUGAAUAAUCCUUGUGUCUCCAUCUGUAUUCUGAUGCUGAUUAAUAAUCCAGAGAGGAGAGUUACGAGAUCAAGGUGUUUUUACACCAUGAGACCUGAUUGGUUGAUGUAAUAGUGAUGUUAGGUUUAGGGGUGGGGUUGGGUUGGGUAAGGGGGAUCAUUUAGAUUGCAUGAUUCAGAAACACCCAGCAGUUUCAAAACACCCACAUGGUGAUAAACACCCACUUUUGCUCUGCAGAGACCUAAGUCUCGAAAACAUUGCCUUGGUGCCAGUUGAAAUACACAGGACAAUCGUACAGAAGAGUUGCGGUGUCGUUUUCUGUACCUCCAAUAAACUAACAAAUUAUGAAUUGAAGUUAUACAUCCUUCCUAAUAAACAUACAGAACCGGUAUGACAAAAUGGCUACAAGCAAUAAAUUGUGAGGAUGAUCAAGGGAAGUUGUGGAAAUCCCAAAACUAAAGGCCCAAUCCCAAUUCUAUUAACCCUUCCCCUAUCGCACAGCUCACACAUCCAGGAGAAAAUAAACUGGUCAACGCUGUCCCACGAAUUUUAUUAAAUAGUUUAAAUACUGAAUCGCUACAUUAUAUUUUCCACUGAUGAGAGGAUACAAUCAAUGUUUUUAAGUAAACUCACUCUAAAAAGAUAAACGCACAGACGUGAAUACACGCAACCUCUCUCUGUCUCUGGCUGAAAACCACUGAUCUAUGGUGUCUAAUGCUGCACUAAGAUCAAGUUAAACUAGCAAUGAGCUGCAGCCUUGAUCUGACGCAAGAAGCAAGUCAUUUGUAAUUUUAACAAGUGCAGUUUUCGGUGCUAUGGUGGGGCCUGAAACCGGACUGAAAUCCACUGCAGGAUUUGUUAAUCUCAACAUUUGGACACAUCUCAAACUAGAAGCACAAGUUCAACAACAUCUGUGAUGUUAACUACAUCAUUGUUCUGUUUAAAUCUUUUUUGACUGUUGGCUGUUUCAGGUUUCUCAUUCUCCCCACAUCCGCGAUCAUUUACACGCAGCCCUGGGUUUCUUUAGAUGCUAAAGUGAAGUCAAAAUAUAAUUUCUAUGUGAAAGCUGAAGACACUGAGGGCAAAUACAGCCUCACGGAGGUUUUUAUCACGGUGCUGGAUCAAAAUGACAACCCACAAUAGUUCAACCAGAACUUCCUGGAGAGGACCGUGAUCAUUGGGUCGCCAGUGAAAAUAGAGGCUUUGGAUGAGGAUGCAGAGGAACCCAAUAACCUGAUUGAAUAUUCCAUCAUGAAAGCCGAUCCAGACAACAUCUUCAACAUUAACACGUCCACAGGAGAGAUUAAUCUAAAACCGUACAUCAAGUCUAUGGAGAUUGUGCAGAACGUCACCAAAAAUAAAGACUGCCGGUGGUCAGUGGUUGUCCAGGCUCGUGAUCGAGGCUCUCCAUCCUUCAGUACAGCAGCGGUCAUGAAAAUCAACAUCACGGAAGCGAAUCGGCUCAAAGGGCCCAUGGCUACUUUUCUAAUGCAGAGCCGAAACAAUCCCAUGAAAGCACUUGGCCUGGCUGUCAGCAUCAAUACCAUGUUGGUUUUGGUGACAGUUAUGAUCUCCACCAUCAUCUACUUUCACAACACAAAGUCCAACAGGAUCACGCCAGCACGCCGCAUCAGUCGCAGGAGGCCCAAAGAGUCGUGCCGCUGGACCUUCAGGGGACAGUUCAGAUGGAGCGACCAGAGCUUUGGAAAGUUCUUCACUGAUGAAGAGACAAGCAACAACCACAGCAGCAUCAGACUCAAGCAGUCAGCCCCUAGCGCUCUGACCUCUGUCUCCAGGUCACUCCCGGCCGAGCGAGCGGCUGCGGUCAGUCCCCACAGUGUCCAGGUCCCUGGCCUCCAGAAACACCAGCCGCAGAUCCAGCUGGAGGACCGGCAAAAGCACAGAUGGGUUUCAGAGAUCUUUUGGGAUUGAAGGACAUUGAGCUGGAGGCAGCCCACUCAACCCAGCACAGAUUCAGCAACAUAAGGAGCUUAAAAUAUCAACUUGUUGUGAUUUUGGGUACCAGAAUCAACAUAAUACAGCCUUAAAUUAGAAAUUUUAUAGCAUAUCUGUUGGCACUGCCAGACAAAAAAAAAAAAAGACGGCUGUGGUUAAAAGCGAUAAAAUGAGUGGACUGGACAUCUCAGGAAUGAUUUUAUAUAAAAUGUCUUUUGUAUAAUUUUUUUUUUUUUUUAAGUCUGUGUGCAUGCAAGUAAAACAACAAACUUAUUUAUAUGUAAUCAUUUGUAAUUGUAAUAAAUCGUGCCUUGCAAUAAUGUAGCUGUAAAAAUAGUUGCCUGCUAAAAAGUGUAAAUGUAUAUACAUCAUCAUGACUAGAUAGACACGAGGAGUUCGCUUUACUAUUCAUGGAUUUCAGUAAUGUGACUUUUUAGUUGUGGCCGCCAUCUUUAGGACCUGGUGUAGCCUCUCCUCAGUGACUGAACACCAAAAUAACACUCCACCAACAACGGAAAACAAUUAAAAACAAAAUAGAUACUUUAGGAAUAGAUUCUUUUUUUUUUUUUUUUCAAAGCGAACUACUGACUCCACUUAAGUCUAGUUUAAACACCAUUGUGUUGUUUGCUGAUAUGUUAUUUACAUCUACCUUAUACACAAACCAUCUCUGUACAAUUGCCAUUUUCAAGGCAAG